GGAAGUGGUUGACGCUGUGCUUCAGCUGUCAGCGACUUCUAUAAACACGGAGCUGCCGAGAAUGUCAGCGCUAAAUGCGGUGUGAUGUGCUUGUGUUGUAUAGGAACUGGCUGUUAGUGCCGCUGGACGGGGAGGAUGAACGCGGAGGAGCUGGAGCUGCUCGGUGACUCUAAGUACAGGAACUAUGUGGCGGCUGUAGAUAAAGCACUGAAGAACUUUGAGUAUUCCAGCGAAUGGGCUGAUCUCAUCUCAGCACUUGGCAAGCUCAACAAGGUGCUGCAAAACAAUGCCAAGUACCAGGUUGUGCCCAAGAAGCUCACCAUUGGCAAGCGUCUGGCUCAGUGCCUUCACCCAGCACUACCAAGCGGGGUCCACCGCAAGGCCUUGGAGACCUAUGAGAUCAUAUUCAAGAUCAUCGGCCCCAAGCGGCUGGCUAAGGACUUGUUUCUUUACAGCUCUGGGCUCUUCCCUCUGCUGUCCAAUGCUGCCAUGUCCGUGAAGCCUGUCCUGUUGGGCCUGUAUGAGACCUACUACCUGCCCCUGGGAAAAACUUUAAAGCCAGGCCUGCAGGGUCUCCUGACAGGAGUCCUUCCUGGUCUGGAGGAGGGUUCAGAGUACUAUGACAGGACAAACACCCUGCUGGAGAAGGUGGCAGCAGCCGUGGAGCAGCCAGCGUUCUACAGCGCCCUCUGGGGCAGCAUCUUGACCAGUCCCGCCGUGAGGCUGCCGGGGGUCAGCUUUGUCCUGCUGCACCUUAACCGCAAACUUUCAAUGGAAGACCAGCUCUACGUGAUGGGCAGCGACAUUGAGCUAAUGGUGGAGGCGGUCAGCACGUCUGUGCAGGACUCCAGUGUGCUGGUUCAGCGAAGCACACUCGACCUCAUCCUAUUCUGCUUCCCUUUCCAUAUGAGUCAGGCCACUCGUCCGGAUAUGAUCCGAAUCCUGUCCGCUGCGCUGCACGUGGUUCUGAGGAGAGACAUGUCCUUAAACCGCAGGCUUUAUGCCUGGCUUCUGGGUUUUGACAACAACGGUGCGAAAAUAGGCCCUCGCAACACCCGUCUCAGCAACCCAGAGGAACACGCCACCCACUACUUCAACACCUACUCUAAAGACAUACUGGUGCAGGCCAUGGUCGGGAUUCUGCAAGGUAAAGCCCGAGGUGGGGAGGAGGAAAGUGCCCUCAUGCACGACCUAAAGCCCUUCCGCAUCCUCAUCAGCCUGCUGGAUAAACCCGAGCUUGGUCCUGCGAUUCUGGAGGACGUCCUGAUAGAAGUGUUCCGGACGCUGCACACACAGUGCCGGGCCGAACUGGACCUGCAGAACCAGAACCCAUUCAGCAAAGACCAGACUCAGCUCAGCAGCAAACUCAGAGAGAACAAGAAAACAGCGGAGCUCAUUAAAACAGCCAACCUCUUAUUCAACUCGUUUGAGCCGUACUACAUGUGGGAUUAUAUCGCACGCUGCUUUGAGGAGGGAUGCAGGCGGACUCAGAGCGGUUCUGACCCGUCAUCACUCUCUCUGGUUGAGUUCUGUCAGCUGGUUGACUUUCUGUUGGACAUCGUCUCUCUGCCCACUAGAAGCAUGAGAGUGAUCUGCCAGGAGACGUAUAUAGAGAUACAGACCGAGCACCUGCCCCAGCUCUUGUUGCGGAUGGUCUCUGCUCUGACUGGCCACCUGAGGGCGCUGUGUCUGGGAGAGCUCACACACUGCCUGCGCCUCUGCUCCAAGAUCCUCAGCAAAGUUCAGCCUCCGCUGGUCUCCCCCCUUACUCUGCCCUCCACCGGGACCAUGGCAGCAGCCCGGGACCCUGAGGGCCGGCGGGCUCUCCCUGCACCGCUGGAGGCUUCGGUCAGUGAGGAGGUGUUUGAGGACCGGGAGAAUCCCCCCAGCAGUCGUUCUUCAGAGAGCGGCUUCUCUGACUUUGUUCAGUACCAGGCUGAGAACGGACAACAUGCCGACACCGCUCCACCUCCAGAGGGCGAUGACCCCAGACCGGUCCGACCCAAACCCAAAGGAUCCGCUCCUGCCCCCCACAGUAAACCGCAGGACACGCCGGUGAUGCAGCGCUGCUUGGAGCACUUCCAGCAGUUCCUGUGCAGCCUGUUGAAACUGUACAUCGUCCCUGGCGAUGGUGGAGGCUUACGGAUGGACACGCUGAGAGUGGCGGGGCCGGAGGAGAGGGAGUGUUCGUCUGAGCAGAAGGAGUACGCGGCUGCAUUCACUGCAGCCUGUCAGCUCUUUCUAGAGUGCUCCAGUUUCCCUGUGUACGUCGCAGAGGGCAACAUGAAGUCCUCAUCCACCAGAGAAGAGCAAGCGGAUGGGGAGAGCAUACUUCCACCAGCGUGGCUGCAGACUCUGAUGGAUGCCUGCUGCUCUGCGACGGACUUCAGUAUCCAGGCCGUAGCCAUUUCCCUGGUGAUGGACCUGGUGGGCCUCACACAGUCCGUUGCAAUGGUGACCGCUGAGCGUGUGGCCAGUCCUGACUCUGGCCAGCCAAUGAGUCCCAGCCAGGGGCGAGUUGCCGUAGUGAUCAGACCGCCACUUACUCAGGGCAUUCUGAAGUACAUUGCUGAGAAAACAAAUUUCUUUAAGAGCGUGGCACUGAUUCUUUGGGAACAGUUGGGGGAGUCGACCCCACAGCAUCAUCAGCGCAGUGUUGAGCUUUUCUACCAACUCCACAAUCUGGUUCCCUCAUCCAGCAUCUGUGAGGACGUCAUCAGCCAGCAGCUCAUGCACCGGGACAAGAGGAUUCGUUUGGAGGCCCACGUGAAGUUCUCUGUUUUGUGGCAUCUAACCAGAGACCUAAACAUCACAAAAUCAUCCCCGUUCAGCCGCACUUUUGACAGGUCCCUCUUUAUUAUGUUGGACAGUUUGAGUUACUGGGACGGUUCGGCGAGUGCCGUGGGCCGGGCCUGGCUCAAUCAGGUUUUGCAGAGGCAUGAUAUUGCCAGAGUUUUGGAACCACUCCUAUUGUUGCUGCUACACCCUAAAACCCACCGUGUGUCUAUCCAACGUGUGCAAGCCCAGCGCCACUGGGCCUGGGCUUUCCCCAACCCAUCAGAAGCCGAGACAGAGCCUCCUGUGCCUGCAUGUAUGGGAGAUGCCACGUGUUCUGAAACCUACUGUCGACUGUCUGGAGACACCCUUAGGGUGGUGCAGACUAGAGGCCUUCCCCUAGAUGAUAUGGAGCCUUUCAGCCUUACGGUCAACCCUCUGAGCGACAGUCUUUCACUGUUGAGCCUUAGCAGUGAGAACCUACAGCUCUGUGGAGAAUAUCAACCUCCGGACCAGCAGGGGGAGCACCAGAGCUCUGAUUCCAGUGGCUCUCAGUCUUCCACCAUAGACAACGGCAGCUUUGAUGAGGUAGAGGGCAGCUGUACCACAGUGGAUCAAACUGGUUCUCUGGAAGAGGAGUCUCUAGACAGGUCAGUUACUGAGGUUGUUGCAGAGCUGGUGGACAGAGUAGUGCAGAUGGUGGGGGAAAGGUCCGUGGGAACGCCUUCACCUCCAGAGACAUGGGCUCAGACGGAUUCAGACAGCUCUAACUCCUCCUCGGACGCGUCUGCUGAGCCACAGGUUAAUCCAGGGUUCUUCCCAGGUGGCCAGCCUUUAACGUUACCUGAACUUGUAGCCGGAGGUACGCUAGAAUUCUUGUCCGUGGCAUCCACGGACAUGGUGGACGAUGAGCCUCGUGAAGGGAUGACUCGGCACAGCUCGUCACCAUCGAUCAUUACUCUUCCGGACAGCAGUGGACGUGGCACGCCAGAGCACAGCCUGCGUCCGGAUGACCCCCAGGCUCGGAAACGCAGCCACAGCAGCACCCAGCUGAGCCUCAAGGGAAAAAUAAUGGAGAAGCUGGCUGACAAAUCGCCCGGUGCCAAGCCUAAAGUCAAGAAGGCCAAGAGAAAAGAGGAGGAGAGGCGGAAGGCCAUUCAGGCUGAGAAGAGCCGACCUCCUAGCAUCUUCUUUGGGGACAGCCUGGACCUGGAGAACUGGUACAGCUGUGGGGAAGGUGAGGUAUCCGAGAUCGAGAGUGAUGUAGGAUCACCGAGCGGUGGAGCUUCAGGAGUUCCCAAUGCGUCACGUUCUUGCACAUCGCCGUCCCGCUUCAAUGUCCACCCACUUUACCAGCACGUCUUGCUCUACCUUCAGCUCUAUGACUCGUCUCGUACCCUGCACGCCCUUUCGGCCAUAGCAGCCAUGCUGCGAACAGCUCCAGCUAGCUUUGUAAGCGCCAUUAGCACUACUAGCAUCAACAACACCUACACCCCACAGCUUUCUCUGUUGCAGAACCUUCUGGCGCGCCAUCGCGUCUCUGUCAUGGGCAAAGACUUCUACUGCCUGAUCCCACAAGAUUCCCACUCGCACUCCUUCCGCAGUGCCAUGUACCUGGAAAUUGUCAUCUCCCUCUGCCUUUACUUCCUACGUAGCUAUUACUCCGCCCAUGUUGCGGCCACAACGCAGGAUUUAGCGGGGAACCGCUCCAUGCAGCUGACCAGCGUGGAGGUGCUGACACUUCUCUUCUGCGAGUUGGCCAAAGUAACUGGCGCCUCGGCCAAAGGAUUCGCAAGUUUCAUCAGUGACGUCCUAUCCAAGUGCAAGGUCCAGAAGGUGACUCUGCACUGCCUGCUCUCCUCCAUCUUCAGCGCACAAAAGUGGCACGAUCAGCGGGUGCGAGGCUCCAACGUGGCUGCUGUGGAGGAAGGUAUGACUGAGGAAAGCAUCAUUAACCUGUCCGAGGACCAGCUUGACGGGUGCAGCGCUGUGCAGUCACAGCUUCUGCGGCUGCUGCAAAGCCUGGUGGUGCUGGAGCACCAUGUGAUGGUGCCAGGCGAGGAGGGUGGGGAAGCAGGACUUCAGGGGGCAGGGGCUGCCGGGGGUGGAGCCAGUGGAGGCGGUGCCAGUGGAGGUGGUUUUGAACUUCUGGGUGGGGAAGUGGAGCAUGUGAACCCUCAGCAGCCGAUGGCAUCGCUACAGUACCUGCCAGGCCAGCCAAUCACAGCGCAGGGAAUGUUCCUGUGUGCCGUGAUCCGGGCACUGCACCAGCACCAUGCCUGCAAGAUGCAUCCGCAGUGGAUCAGUCUCAUCACAGCCACACUGCCCUACAUGGGGCGGGUGCUGCGGCGUGUGGUGGCGUCGGUCACCUUGCAGCUGUGCAGGAACUUGGACAACCUCAUCCAGCAGUACCGCUAUGAGACGGGACUUACUGAUGCCAGGCCCCAGUGGAUGGCGUUGUGUAUCCCCCCUGACCUCAUUCUCACUGUACUGGAGGGAGUCACGGCCAUCAUCCACUACUGUCUGCUGGACCCAUCAUCACAGUACCACCAGCUCCAAGUGAGUGUGGAUCAGAAGCACUUGGCUGAGGCUCGUGCAGGUAUUCUCUCCAUCCUGCACACCAUCAUGUCCUCGGUCACUCUGCUGUGGAGUGUGCUGUACCUGGCGGACAGCUCUGACCGGCCUGCUGGUGCUGCUGCUGCCUGCUCCAGCUCCAACAUCAACCUGGGCUCCACCAAGAAUCUUCGGCAGCAGAUCCUGGAACUCCUCGGACCGAUUUCUAUGAACCACGGGACGCACUUCAUGGCCGCCAUUGCUUACGUCUGGAAUGAAAGGAAACAGGUCAAAGCACCUGCCAGGAAUAAGGUGAUCCCCACAGCCAGUGAGGAGCAGCUCCUGCUGGUGGAUUUGGUGCGGUCAGUGAACGCCAUGCGCACUGAGACUGUAAUGCAGACUGUGAAGGAGGUUCUAAAGCAGCCGCCGGCCAUCGCAAAAGAGAAGAAGCACCUCUCUCUAGAAGUUUGUAUGCUUCAGUUCUUCUAUGCCUACGUUCAGAGGAUUCCAGUGUCCAGCCUGGUGGACAGUUGGCCUUCGCUGCUCGCUCUGCUGAAGGAUUCCGUUCAGCUCGGCCUUCCAGCACCAGGACAGUUCCUCAUUCUAGGUGUUCUAAACGAAUUCAUCCUGAAGAAUCCUACUCUGGAGAGCAAGAAAGACCAGCGGGAGCUACAGGAUGUGACCCAUAAGAUAGUGGAGGCCAUCGGGACCAUAGCGGGGUCUUCUCUGGAGCAGACCACCUGGCUGAGGAGAAACCUGGAGGUGAAGCCUUCGCCACAGAUAGUGGUGGACGGGACCACUUUAGAGGCAGAUGUGGAAGAUCUGAUGCUCACAGUGAUGGAGGCAUCCAGUUUCACUCCUUCAGUCUACAGUGUUCAUGCCCUCACACUGCUAGCAGAGGUGUUGGCUCACCUGCUGGACAUGGUGUUCUACAGUGAUGAAAAAGAGAGGGUGAUUCCCCUGCUGGUCAACAUCAUGCACUACGUGGUUCCUUACCUCCGCAACCACAGUGCCCACAAUGCUCCCAGUUACCGUGCAUGUAUCCAGCUCCUGAGCAGCCUGAGUGGUUAUCAGUACACUCGCAGGGCCUGGAAGAAGGAAGCUUUCGACCUGUUCAUGGACCACACCUUCUUUCAGAUGGAUUCUUCCUGCGUUAGCCACUGGAGAGCCAUCAUUGACCACCUGAUGACCCACGAUAAGACCACGUUUAGAGAUUUAAUGACGCGAGUAGCAGUAGCACAGAGCAGCUCUUUGAAUCUGUUCACGAAUCGAGAUGCUGAGCUGGAGCAGAGAGCAAUGCUGCUAAAACGCCUUGCCUUCACCAUAUACAGCAGCGAGGUGGACCAGUACCAGAAAUAUCUACCAGACAUCCAAGAGCGGUUGGUGGAGAGUCUGCGCCUCCCUCAGGUUCCGAUCCUGCAUGCGCAGGUGUUUCUAUUCUUCAGGGUGCUGCUACUGCGCAUGUCCCCCCAACACCUCACUUCACUGUGGCCCACCAUGAUCACUGAGCUGGUUCAGGUGUUUUUACUAAUGGAGCAGGAGCUCACAGCAGAUGAGGACAUCACCAGGACCUCAGGACCCUCUAUUGCAGGGCUGGAGACAACAUACUCCGGAGGAAAUGGUUUCUCUACCUCCUACAACAGCCAGCGCUGGCUUAACCUCUACCUGUCUGCCUGCAAGCUGCUGGAUCUGGCCUUAGCCUUGCCUUCUGAGAGCCUGCCACAGUUUCAGAUGUAUCGCUGGGCCUUCAUCCCAGAAGCCUCAGAUGACUCUGGUCUGGAGGUGCGGCGACAGGGAACGCACCAGAGGGAGUUUAAACCUUACGUGGUGAGGCUGGCCAAGCUGCUGAGGAAAAGAGCAAAGAAAAACCCAGAGGAGGACUGCUCUGGCCGCUCUUUAGCAUGGGAACCAGGCCGGCUGACCCUGACUCUGUACGGCAUCCGCAGCAUGGAGCAGCUCCUCCCCUUCUUCAACCUCCUCAGCCAGGUGUUCAGCAGCAAAGCCAGCAGCCGCAUGGGAUCCUGCCCCUUCCUCUCCCCCUCCGACACGCCGCACGCAGCCAAAACCAGCAAACCCGAGAGCCAGAAGGUGUUCUGGAGCCGUGCCCGGCAGGACAUCGAGGAGAUGGUGGAGAAAGACUUUCUGGAGGGGCUCAUAAAAACGUGACCUGGCAGAGAAACGAAGAUAAGAAGAGAACAUGAAAACAUAGAAACUGACCUGUGGAAAAAAAAUAAACACUAACACCUCACCUUUUAAAUAAAUAAAUAAAAAAAGAAAAGAGACGAGGGAUCAAAUAAUAUAAACGAAAAAAACAGAAGUUUGUACAUGGUUUUGUUUUUGUAUUUAUAAUUACUGUAUUUUUUUUUUUCAAAGGCUAUUUAAUUUAAAAGACUUUUAUUUGUAUUUAGAGGGCGGCUGUGAUGGAGCUCCACCCUCUGGAUGAUGUGAAGUUUCUUUAUCAUUCCAUGUUGUGCUGAUUAGCAUAAGAGACAUAUCAUUAAAGAUGAAAAAAGCAUACGCGUAUUUCUGAGAGCCCUUGUGGCGAGCUUGUAGCACACCUCAGGAUCUAUCCCGAUUAACUGACCGGAUUUGCACUGAUGUUUCAUUCCUCUAGUUCUGUACUGAUCAUGUCUUAAAUUGUGAAAAUCAUUUGGAGGCCAUGAGAAGAGACGUUGCGAUGCAGAACUGUCACUAAGAAUCUACUGACCUGUUGAAAUAAAACCAAGCUUUGAUUAACUGA